ACAAAAAUGUCGUCCUCCUCUUUUCUUCUUCUCGUUGAUCGCCGGAGAAUUCUUCAGACUAAUGGCGAUCUACAGAUCACUGAAAGCUCUGAUCAGAAACCCUAGAAAUUCCAGAACUUUCCUCACGGCCACAACCUGCUCGAUCUCGGCUCCAUCGUACGCGCCACCACUCGCCCAUCCCCUCGCUCACCCGCACUUUCGCUUGUCUUCUCAGUCGUCCAGAUUCCUUUCUCCUUUAUCCAAUUGGAUCAUCCCUUUCCAUGGCCCACUCUUCCUCUCCUGUCCGCCAUGGAAGCUCUCGCAGUCCGCGACGCCGCUCUACCUCCGCGGAAACGGCGUCGUCCGGCGGAGAAUCGAGGCGUUGAAUUUGCAUCUGCUUCACAGAAGAACCAGUUUCCCGCUCAAAUUGGAGUUCGUGUCGGUGUCUCCCAACCUGGCCGCGACGGAUGGCGUCGAUUCGAAGCGGUGGAGCGUCGAUUUUGUGGAGAGCUUCGUGAAUUUGCCGAACAUGGUCUCAAUGAGUCGCUUAAUCUCCGGUCCUGUUCUUGGAUGGAUGAUUAUGAAUGAGAGAUAUUCUGCUGCCAUGGUUGGGUUAGCUGUUUCCGGGGCAACUGACUGGCUAGACGGGUACUUGGCCAGGAAGAUGGGAAUUAAUUCUGUGGUUGGUUCUUAUCUUGAUCCAUUGGCUGAUAAGGUUCUUAUUGGAUGUGUUGCUUUGGCAAUGGUGCAAAAGGAUCUUCUUCAUCCUGGACUUGUUGGACUUGUUGUGUUCCGAGAUGUUGCACUUAUAGGUGGUGCUGUAUAUCAAAGAGCUAGUAGCUUGGGCUGGGAGUGGAAAAGUUGGUCCGAUUUUUUCAACUUUGAUGGGACCCGUCCCCAGAAGGUCGAGCCACUCUUCAUUAGCAAGCUCAACACGGUCUUCCAGUUAAUUUUAGUCGCUGGCGCUCUUUUGCAACCAGAGUUUGGAACGCCAGAAACUCAGUUAUACAUUACAUAUUUGAGUUGGUUGGUGGCUUCAACAACCGUGGCGUCAACUGCAGCAUAUGGAGCACAAUACAUGAGGCAAAGAUCAGCACUGAUGGCGGGGAAAUCUUAGUCAAAUCUUCAGUGCAGGAACUCUUUAGAUGGUGACCACUAUUUGAGUUUGAGCUGCAAUGUGGGCAAUAAAAACGUUCAAGAACAAGCAAUGGUAUCUUACUUCUUUACACUUUGGACUCUGGAGCAGGAAAAGUGAGCUGGUGACCAGUUCUCUUGCAUAGAUUUCUGGAAUUAUGUCCUGAGGACUGAGAUCACAUGCUUUCGAUAUGAGAAAGUUGUUCGGCGCGUUAACUUAGCGAGGCUGUGGCGCUGCCUCGAAGAAAAAUAUCCAAUUCAAUGGAGAUAUCUGAGCUUGUAAAGAAUUAGAAAUCUCUGAACGGGAAAGUUGAUAAUAAAUGUAUCCCACCAUGUAAUAAAGAUAUCCGAGUUUGUAAAGAAUUGUGCAGAUUUUGAUAUUUCCAUCCCAAUGUACUGCAGCAGCUUAUGCAGAUUUUGAUUCUUUUCAAGAGUUGCCCCAUUUAUAUGUACUGUAGUAGCUUAUUGAGAUUUUGAUUCUUUUGGAGUUGUCCAUCUCUAAUGUACUGCAGCUUUCAGCGUUACACAACUAGUAUGUAUUACCUA